GAAGGCUUUCCUGCUGUACCAUUGGUAAUUUAAUCUUAAUGUGAAAAGACUAAUGUCCUCAAUAAUACUUAUUAGUACGAGCCAAUUACUACUGAUGAUAGGCUACUACUACUAAUAAUAGGUCUAUAUAAAUUCGAUACCCGAAUACAUAUUAAUAUGAGUUGAUUGUGUGUGAGUGAAGUGAAAGAAGUGACGAUAAAGCCUCCAACGUUUUCUUUUAAUAAGAAACAUCGCCAUCUAGCUCUUGUUCUGUUUAUCUUCCUGCUCAGAGAGGUGAACCAUGGAGCAGCGGGUUCAUCAUGGUACCAGAAGCCCUUACUACGUGUUCACUGCGUCCAUCAAACCAACCGAUUUAUUAGUUAAUCAACAACCGUCGCACACCUUGUAGACCUCAAACAUCCAAAAAGGAAAUCCGAGCCAACUUGCUAGGACUACAAAAAAUAAAAAUUUGUCUCUUCACGGUGCCAGGCGGCUGGCAGCUGGCGGGCAGGAGACGCGCAGGAGGCGGGCAGCAGGGCGCCGACAGCCCGCUAGUCCACCGGAGAGAACCAUCCUCUGAACAACACGACCAUGGAGUAAACAUGGCCCACAACAGAAGCUGUUUAUUUGAAGCGCUGGACCGGUCAGAGAGCCAGCGGGAUGGAGGCUUCAAGCACAGCUGGGGCUUCUCUCUCUCCGCUGACGAGGAGAAGAGACACGACACCCCGGGGGUAACCAUGGAGGAAAGGGACCGGCUGCAGCACUCCGCCCCAGAGGGCAAGAAGACCUCCCCCUUCAGACAGUUCUCCUCAGCAGACCACUCACGGACGUAUGAGAACCGGGCCAGCCAGCACAGCAGAGCGCUGAGCAAACUAGGACCCGUCAAGAGGCCCGGCGACGUCCCCCACAUGGUGCCCGUGCCCCCCGCGGGGCCCAACAGAGCCCGGUCCUUCAUCCCCAGCCCCUCCGCGCCCCAGGGCAUGGUGCUGCAGGGCCGGUACUUCCAGCACGCGCACAACGUGGCCGCCAUCAAGCCCGCCCCCAGGAACAACUUCAGCACACAGCCCACGGUGGAGCUCGACCAGAUCAUCCUCACGUGUCCAGACACACAAGAGAACAGUUUGAACAUCAAGCGGCGCGUGCAGCAGAAGAGGAAGUCUCUUCUCGAGGAGUCUUGUAGUUUCCCGUCAGCCGAGGUAGGACUACAACCGCGAUGGCCGCCUUCAAAUGGCUGCUCGAUUACGGGAAAAAUCACAAUCACGAUUAUUUUGGUCAAUAUUGAAAUCAUGAUUAUUCUGACGAUUGUCAGAAUAAUUCCGAGACUGUCUCUUCCAAAAAACGCUUGCACUUUCUAUAAAACAUUUAAUGAAAAAAUAGAAAUUAAAAUCAAAAUAAUAAUUAUAGAUAUAGCUGCGAGCAGCAAUGUGUGGGUCAAGCAGAAACCGCUGCGGCCCGGCGUCAGCCCCGCCCGCUGCAUCAAGUGCAACUCCACCACCCAGGACGCCGCCUGCUGCUCCCACUGCGGCCACCCCCGCACGCCCCUCCCCUCCUGCCAGCACGCGCCGCAGGCCCCGCCCCCCUCGGCCGCGCCCCGCCCCCCCAUCCACCCGCACCACGCCGGCGGCCCCCACCACAGCCUUUCCGCCAAGAACUUUUACGGGCCGGUGAGGGCCUCGCCGGGCCCCGCGGGCCCCGUGCUGCCGCUGCGGGUCUCCUCCCACGGGGCCCGCGGGGGGCCCCUGUUGGCGCCGCUGAACGGCCGGCCCGCGGGCCCCCCCCCGCUGCCCCCCCCCGGGACCUCGGGCUGCUGCGGCCUCCGUCUGUCCCCCAAGGGGAAGAAGUCCGCCUCGGCCCGCCAGCACGAACUCAACGACCCCAUCGUCCUGUCCAGCGAUGACGAGGAAGAGGACACGGACAACGCCAGCACCGGCAGCGUGAACCGCCUGGACAGCGUGUCGCCGCGGCCCGCUGACUCCGCCCACUCGUCCCCGGCGCCGUCCGGCGGGCGCGUGGAGGCGGCGGUGAAGAGCCCCGGGGAGUUGGACGAGCUCGCCGCCGACAUGUUCGACGAUGUCAACAUGAAUAUCGUGUUGCCACGGAGACCGCGGAAGGACCCGGUCCUCCAGUCCAGCCCCGGGGCGUCUGAGAGCUUCUCCUCGCGGCCCAAGAAGCCCAAGCUGGUCCCUAACAAGUGUGCCAGCAUCAUCCUGCAGUGCCGUAGCGUCCGGGUGGGCACCCUGCGCCGCAUGGUCACCAAGCCCGUCGUGUUCUCCAUCGACCAAAUCCAACUGGAAACCGAUGUGGCGGCGGAGAUGGAGGCCCUGGAGGUGAACCUGCAGGCCUCGGAGCUGAUCAGCUGCGAGUGGUGCAGCGUGAGGAAGCUGCCCGUGCUCUUCUUCCAGACCACGCCCGGGGAGUGUCUGCGGCUGCGCUCCCAGCUCAACAUGUCCAGCGAGAAGGGGGGCCAGUGGUACGACUCGGCCGGGGACCAGUCAGAUGAGAAGUACAUCGUGCUGAUCUUCGAGAACGGGCUGACGAUGAACGAGCAGAUGAUCCUGGAGGACAUCCUGGGGGAGAUCGGGCGCGCCAACGCCCUCAGCGACUUCCCCGCCAAGCUGUCCUUCGACGAGGCCAACGUCAGGCUGGUCAACUACAACAAGGCCACCAAAGAGAAGGAGGAGAAGGUGAGUCCCACUAUGGCCUCGCAAACACCCCGAAAAGACACGCCCGCCUCGAUUUCUGAUUGGUCCGUCACACACUCCAAGCCGGCCCAGGGCAGCCCCGGGGGCGCGGCGGGCAGCGUGACCCGCGUGGCCCCGGUCCGGACGCGGAUGGCCACCCGGCAGCAGGCCGGGGCCUUCUACGGCGAGGAGGACGAGGACAUGGCGGAGCUACAGCCCACCUUCUCCGGACCCAUCGUCAAGUUGAUGGUGUACCCCCCUCCCCCCGCUAAAGGAGGCAUCAGCGUCACUAACGAAGACCUCCACUGCCUUAACGACGGGGAGUUCCUCAACGACGUCAUCCUAGACUUUUAUCUCAAGUACCUGGUCCUGGAGCGGUUGAAAAAGGAGGACUCCCAGAGGAGCCACGUGUUCAGCUCCUUCUUCUACAAGCGCCUGAACCAGCGGGAGAGGAGGAACGCUCCGGAGGCCUCCAACCUGCCGAUACAGAAGAGGAAACACAACCGGGUGAAGACGUGGACGCGCCACGUGGACCUCUUCCAGAAGGACUUCAUCUUCGUACCCAUCAACGAGUCGGCCCACUGGUACCUGGCUGUCAUCUGCUUCCCGGGCCUCCAGGGACCCCAGUUCACGCCCAACCCCUUAUACAAGGCCCCGCCCACAAACCACACCCACAGCACAGACCACGCCCCCGGCCCCGCCCCCCGCCCGUCGGAGGAGGGCGUCCCGGACCACUGCCAGCCCAUCUCUUCCGACGACUUGUCGGUCUCGCCGCCUCGUCCGCUGUCUCACGGUUUCCACGACAACCCCACGUGGGCGUCGCCCCCGGAUGGGGCGUCGACCAAUCAAAGGGCAGCCUUCACCAACGGUGUUCUCCAGCCCCCGCUCCUAGGCCAGGAGGCGGAGCCUGAGCCACAUUACAACAGUGAGCUCCAGAGGAUCAGUGUGUGUUACGGCUCAGCCAAUGCCAAGGACGACGUGUUCAGCUUCUCCGACGCCAACAGCAGCUGUCCUGUAGAGAGUGAUGAGGGCACUGACGACGGGACGUCCCAGGAGGAGGGCACAACCAGCGACGGGGCCGGCCUGGCCCACAAAUUCACCGUCUGCAAACAGCCUUGUAUCCUCAUCAUGGACUCCCUGAGGGGCCCUGCCCGUUCCACUGUGGUCAAGACGCUGAGAGAGUACCUGGAGGUGGAGUGGGAGGUGAGGAAGGGCACCCCUCGGAGCUUCGGGAAGGAGGUGAUGAAGGGCUCCAGCCCCCGCGUGCCACAGCAGGACAACUACAGCGACUGCGGCGUCUACGUCCUGCAGUACGUCGAGAGCUUCUUCCAGAACCCCGUCCUCAGCUUCCACCUCCCCGUCUCCCUGGACGACUGGUUUCCACAGCAACGCAUGAAGACCAAGCGGGAGGAGAUCCGGGAGCUGAUCCUGAGGAUCCAGUCCCAGCAGGACCUGGAGCGCCGGGACCUGAACCCGGAGCCCCCGGAGCCCCCCGGGUCCCCCGAGGAGGAGCCCGAGGUCGAGGAGACCUCGGGCCCGGUACUACUGCUGCAGCACCACCCCCCCGCCUCCUGA